AACACCCGUUCACCCGUUCGUACGAUCGUCAAAUAACUUGUUGUUAUUGUCGGCCCACACAAGACAAUAUGACGACCGCAACAGUGGUCCCCCGUUCCUUGCCCGCCCUCCCCGAGGGCUGGUCCGCUGACAAGGACUUUAAGAUCGUCGGCAAGGUCAGCGCCUCUACUGAGCGCACCAUCGAGCCUGUCGGCCCUCACUUCCUCGCCCACGCCCGUCGUGCCCGUCACAAGCGCACCUUCUCCGAGGAUGACCGCAUACAGGCACAGGAGAAGGCUAAGAAGGUCGAGGAUGAGGAUGACGGCGAGAUCAGCGAGCCUGAGGACCCCAUGAUGCUGCAGCGCGAAGCCAAGGAUUGGAAGGAGCAAGAUCAUUACGCCGUGCUCGGCCUUUCCAAGUAUCGCUUCAAGGCCACCGAGGAUCAGAUCAAGCGCGCCCACCGCAAGAAGGUUCUCAAGCACCACCCGGAUAAGAAGGCAGCGACGGGCCGCGCCGAGGACGAUAACUUCUUCAAGUGCAUCCAGAAGGCCACCGAGGUCCUGCUUGACCCUGUCAAGCGCCGUCAGUUCGACAGUGUCGACGAAGCCGCCGACGUCGAGCCGCCCACCAAGAAGCAGCUGCAGAACCCCAAGGCCGACUUCUACAAGCUGUGGGGCAAGGUCUUCAAGGCCGAGGGCCGCUUCUCCAAGAACCACCCCGUGCCCGCCUUUGGCGAUGCCAAUGCCACGUACGAGGAUGUGGACACCUUCUACAACUUCUGGUACAACUUCGACAGCUGGCGCACCUUUGAGUACCUGGACGAGGACGUUCCCGACGACAACGAGAACCGCGACCAGAAGCGCCACAUGGAGCGCAAGAACGCCAACGCCCGCAAGAAGAAGAAGGCCGAGGACAACGCCCGCCUCCGCAAACUCGUCGACGACUGCAUGGCUGGCGACGAGCGCAUCCGCCGGUUCAAGAAGGAGCAGAACGCCGCCAAGAACAAGAAGAAGAUCGAGAGGGAAGCCGCUGAGAAGGCUGCCGCCGAGGAGGCGCGCCUGAAGAAGGAGGCCGAAGAGAAGGCUGCCAAGGAGGCCGAGGACAAGGCCAAGCUCGACCGUGAGGCCAACAAGAAGGCCAAGGAGGCGGCCAAGAACGCCGUCAAGAAGAACAAGCGCGUGCUGAAGGGCAGCGUCAAGGACGCCAACUACUUCGCGUCCGGGGAUGCCAGUGCCGCGCAGAUCGAUGCUGUGCUAGGCGAUGUCGAGCUCGUCCAGGGCAAGAUCGACCCUGACGAGAUCGCUGCGCUCGCUGGCAAGCUCAACGGCCUCAAGGUCGCGGAUGAGAUCAAGGGUGUCUGGAAGGACGAGGUCGCCCGCCUGGUCGGUGCUGGCAAGCUCAAGGAGGGUGAUGCCAAGACUCUUUCCGCUUAGAUAUCAGGACUGAUCGAAGGCGUUCUGCAUAUACAUACAGGGGGCCAACCAUUCGGCAGGAGUUUCACUAGACGUAGAAAAGAGUCAUAGAGAAUUGAUGUUGUCUAUCUUC